AAGGAACACGAUUCUAGCUCAACCUCACCCGUUAGAUGAAUCACACGCUCCAGAUCUUGCAUCUCAGUGUCUAACGGUGCUGGCGCUGGCGCACACUGUGAUAUUUCCCAUUAACAACGUAUCAUUCUAAAACCACUGGUGUUGCCGGCGAGACUCGAUUUCUCGUUGUUUGGAUCUGUGAAUUUCGCAAAGAUGGUAACAAAAACAGAGGAAUCGGAAUUGAACAAUCUUGAAAUCCAGGUCGAUAAUGGUGGCGGAGGAGCUUGGGAGUAUCUUUCACUCGUCAGGAAACUCAAGGUUCGCCGCUCUGAUAAAGUCCUCAAGCACGGUUUGUCCAUCUUGAAUGAUUCUAAACUCCGAUCCAAGCUCGGUCCCGAAGAAUGGACUUUAUAUGAGCAGGUUGCAGUUGCGGCUAUGGAUUGUCAAAGUCUUGAUGUAGCUCAGGACUGUACAAAGGCUCUUCGAAAGAGGUUUCCUGAGAGCAAAAGAGUUGGCAGGCUGGAGGCAAUGUUACUUGAAGCAAAAGGGUCAUGGGAAAUGGCAGAAAAGGCUUACACAAGCCUUUUAGAGGACAACCCUCUUGAUCAAACCAUCCAUAAGAGGAGGGUGGCUAUGGCAAAGGCACAAGGCAAUAUUUCUGGGGCUAUUGAAUGGCUUAAUAAAUAUCUGGAAAUAUUCAUGGCAGAUCACGAUGCAUGGAGGGAAUUGGCUGAAGUAUACUUGUCCCUCCAAAUGUAUAAACAAGCAGCAUUUUGCUACGAGGAAGUGAUAUUAGCUCAACCAACUGUUCCACUCUAUCACUUAGCAUAUGCUGAUGUACUUUAUACGCUUGGUGGAUUAGAAAAUGUCCAAACUGCCAAGAAAUACUAUGCAUCCACUAUUGACUUAACUGGAGGCAAGAAUACCAGAGCACUCUUUGGUAUAUGCUUGUGCACUUCUGCUAUUGCGCAACUUACUAAAGGAAAGAACAAGGAAGAUAAAGAAGGAUCACAGUUACAAUCUCUAGCAGCAAAAGCGUUGGAGAAGGAUUACAAGCAGAGAGCUCCUGACAAGCUCUCUCAACUUACAACUGCCUUGAAGAGUUUAACAUUGUCGUCGUGAUGCAGCACUUCUUAAAUAUUGUUGUUUAACAGACUUUUUCACUUUAUUAGAUCAAUACCAUAAUGAAUCAACAUAUUUAGAAUUACUCAUUUAUUUAAUUUCAAUUUUAAAAUGAGAA